UAUAUAAAUACAAUCUUACAUUCUUCAUUUAUCUUUGUCUGAAAAAGUAAAAAAUCAACCAGAAAGAAAAAUGUCUUGGCAAUCAUACGUAGAUGAUCACUUGAUGUGUGACAUUGAGGGACAAGAGGGCCUCAAACUCGCCUCCGCGGCCAUUAUGGGACAUGAUGGCGCCGUCUGGGCUCAGAGCGCCAACUUCCCUCAGCUAAAGCCUGACGAGAUCAAUGGCAUAACGAAGGAUUUUGACGAGCCAGGAUCCCUUGCCCCAACUGGCCUAUUCGUAGCUGGCCAGAAGUACAUGGUCAUCCAAGGAGAGCCUGGUGCCGUUAUUCGCGGAAAGAAGGGGUCGGGAGGGAUUACGAUCAAGAAGACGGGACAAGCAAUGGUUGUUGGGGUGUACGAGGAGCCAGUGACACCAGGGCAGUGCAACAUGAUUGUUGAAAAGCUGGCUGAUUAUCUCAUUGAUCAAGGCCUCUAAGCUCUAUUAAUUAAUUACUCAUUAUUUCUCAAUCUCCAAUUUGUUAAUAAUAUCAAUUUUAUUAGAUUAAGUGAGUUAUUAUUAAUCACGAUUCCAGACCUAUGCAAAAAUAAAUGAGCAAAAAUAAUAUAGUUGUUUAGAGAUAAUGAGCUCAUGAUAUAUGUAUUUGCUAGCACUUUUUAGAUUAGAUGAGUGUGUUUUUUUUCUUUUAUUUAUUUUUAUUUAAAUUUAAGUUAUGUAUACCGGAUGUUGCCACUAUUUUGAUCAAGCUAAAUCAAAUAAUUGAUGUGUUUCUUCUGUUGAA